GGUCAAUAAGGGGACGUCUGGGCGUGGCUGCACACACUUGAAAGAACCGAAUUAAAGUCAUUCUCUUUCUUUCCCAUCGGUGUGUUUGUGUGUGUGUGUCUUCUCACUGAAUUAUGAAAGGAAGCGUACGUUCAUUUAGGCGUCUCUGAACAGGUAACGAAAUAAACAACAACAUAGGAUUGCGUUAUCGCAAAAAGUAGAAAAGAUGCUACGCCAUUCAAAGGAUCUCCAAAUGUGCCGCAAGACUGCCGGCACGGCAAUCGGCUACGUAUGCCGCCUGCACGAAGGCCGCUGUGUUAUCUGCGAUCUGCAAUUCGACGAAAUUGUGGACACGAUGCGCGAAGUCCACCUAUGCGAGGACUGCAGCAUCAUGGCCACGGAAGGCGAGGAGGCGUGCAUCAUGUGUGGCUCUCGCCGGGUGACGGAUGUCGCCUAUUACUGCCCGUACUGCGUAGCGCUAGAGAAGGACAGAGAUGGGUGCCCGCGUGUGCUGAACCAGACUCGUCAACAGCGCAUGGCUGCCCUGCGAGCUGCCGUGUCGAAGUAA